AUGUGUACCAUUGAUGUCGGGCCACAGCUAAUCAUCUUCAUCACCGAGGAACUUGGGCCUGUCCAAAAAAGGGAACUGGCCUUUUUCACUGGCGUGCCACGCGGUGAGAUCCUCCGUGUUGCUGCACUGCUCGCAAUGAAACUCAUCGAGAAUGAGUUCAUCGGCUACACCGAUCUUCAGGCGAUCAUGACGAGCGACAACCCACUUUCGGAACUCACCUUCACGAUUGCGUCAUAUUUUCUGUGUGGCUUCGCCAACCUCUCAUUGCUCGGCAUCCAGAUCAGUGUACUGAGCACUCUCGUGCCAACACAAGCUGAGAUUAUCGCACGUAUUGCGCCAUCCGCGAUGAUCUGCGGGUUCAUCUCGACGUUGCAGGCAGCUGGCAUCGCCGGUAUGCUCGUGUAA